UUGACGUUUGCAAUAAGACGAUAAAAAAUACACUCACACUCGCACGCGUUGGACAUUAUUUCUCGGCCCUCGCUGGAAAUGCUGUAGACCGUAAAUGUUUCGUCAGGCGAAGGACACGCGUAGACGAAUGAAAUUCCAAUAGGAGAGCGCAGAGCUCAGUGUGUGAAAAAGACACAGGCUCGAGAGCACGCUUCUGCGUUUACGUCGCGGGAUAUGGCGACACGUCAGGAUGACCGCGGCGAUGAGAUUGGUGGGGGCGGGGAGCCUGCAUCCUAUCAUGUUCUGCCCCACACGGAAGAGAUGGCGAAUUUUUUGGCCCAUCAACAGCAGCAGCAGCAACAUCAGCAGCACCAGCAGCAUCAUCAAAACUUUAUGCUUCAUCAGCAACAUGGUCAGGCUCCGCCCGGACCCAUGAUGUGGACAUCGCCGCCUCCGCACUUGGGUGGCCCGUUUCCGCCGCAUCUUCAGCAGCAACAGCCGCAGCCGCCACCGCAGCCCCAUGUGUAUAAUGAAUAUCUGUACAACCUGGCCUAUUCGGGCCAGCCUGGACAGCCCGAGACCUACUCGGUGCUGCCCGUGGGGCAUGGGAAUUUUCUCAAAGUGUAUCACUGUCCCGAGAGCCCGGUCAACGACGGCACUGCUCCCCACUUCACGCAUAUCAACAUGGCAUCACUGAACCACCAGCAUCCACAUCACCAAGCCCCGCCACCGACACCCCCCCAGCCGACGCCUCUUUAUGAACUUUUCGCCGCAAGUCCGUUGCUGCCGAAGCCGGAGAUGAAUAUGGUUGGGGCAUCACAGCCUCAACCGUCACAGCCCCAGCAACAGCAACAACCCCAGCAACAGCCUCAGCCCCAAGCCCACCUUCAGCAGGCCAAGCCCCAUCCACAUCCACAUCCCAAUCCACAACCACCUCCGCCCCCUCCUCCGCAAGUCCUCCACCCUCCAAGUAGCGCAAAUCUGCUCAUCAACAAUCUGGUGAACAACUGGUCGCCAAAUCUGACUGGAGGCAGCUACAUACAAUUCGGGGACGAGAUCAAUGAAAACGCCACCAACCAGAAGGAGUCACCGCCGCCUGCACACCAUGAGCAGCCAUCGCAGGCGACGCAGCAGCCCCCGCUGCAGGUGCCGGAGCAAUUGAGCAAGCCUGCAAGCCCAAUGCCUGUGGCCGCAAAGGCCGCCAAGUCUUUGCCAACUGCCACCGUCAGUAAGUCCACUAUUGUGGUGACAGGUCAGCCCGAUGGCAAGAAGCGCAUUGUGGCCGAGGUAAAGCCCAUGCCCAUGUCCUACUCGGAUGUCCUGAGCAAGGGCACGCAGUCGAGCGGCUCAGGAGGCGAGACGCGCACGGCCAACGGAUUGGACUAUGCAAGUCCGCAGCAGCAGCAGCGACGGCAGGGUAAAGAGGAAGGCGUCGCUGGUCGGGAGAUGCGGACUGCGAAACGUUCUCCAUUGCAUGAUGCAAAGGACACGCCGCUUCUUCUGGCCUCGAAUGCUGGUCAUGCCCAUGGCAGUCGUGGAAAGAAGCGUGGACAAUCCAAUCACGCGGCACAGCUAAAGCAACAGCAACAACAACAGCAGACGCAGCCACAGCCACAGACCCAGCCCCAGCAAUCUGCAACGCAGCAGGCCGCACAGAUCAAAACGAAUAAAGCCACCAACCAGGAGAAGAAGCGGCCCUUACAGACAAGGAUCAACGUUAGGGCUAGCGAGCAAAAGACAAGCACCUCAUCGACUCCCGCCAGCAACAGCAAUGGCAACGGCAGCGCCCAGAGAGAGAACCACACAAGCAACGGCAAUUCGACAACGAAUCCUGCCAUCAAUCCAGGCCUUUCGUCCCGCAAGCCGAGCAGCAGCAGCGGCAAAUCCAGCGCCAAUGCAAAUGCAAAUCAGUCGAACUCCACUGCCUCAUCGAUUCCAAAUUCGGGCAACAGCAACAACACAAACAACAACAAUGUUAGUUCCUCUUCGUCCAAGCGAUAUUCCUCCUCGAACAUGAACGUAAACUCGAAUAACAGCUCUGGCUAUUCGUACUCCUCGAAGCGCAAUCGAAGCAACAACGCCUACUCCUCCUCAUCCAACUCGCCCUCCCACGCCAGCAGCUUGUCCAGCAACAGGAACUACGAGCUGGCGAAGCGGAUUCUGCACACCUGGUGGAUUUACACUCUGAAAUUGCUCACCUGGCUGUUCUACCUGGUCUACGACAUUGUCGUGCUGGGCUUCAGCAUGGCCUAUGAUAGGCUGGCUUUGGCCUAUGUGGCCGGGCUGGCAUAUGCGCGGCAGCUGCACAAGGAACUGAAGCAGAACUCCGGCAAGCCGAGCAUUUGGUGGCGCAACUACUGGCGACGCUUCGAUGCCCGUUUCGCCAAGAACUCGCGCUGGGCCUUCUGGCGGCGAUUCUACAAGCGGAAACCACCGGAACCCACCUCAGAAUCGUUCAAGACGGGACGCCUGCCGCAGACAGGCGAGGAAGCAAUGUACUCGCUGCUUAAUUGUAAAGGAAAAGAUGCAUACAGCAUACUGGGAGUGCCGCCAGACAGCUCGCAGGAGCAGAUCCGCAAGCAUUACAAGAAAAUUGCGGUGCUGGUGCACCCGGACAAAAACAAACAGGCUGGCGCGGAGGAGGCUUUCAAGGUGCUCCAGCGGGCCUUCGAGUUGAUCGGGGAACCGGAGAACCGUCUCCUCUAUGACCAAAGCAUCGCCGAGACUCUGCACGCCGAGAAGGCCUGGACGGAGCUGCAUGAUCUGCUGUCGCAGCUGCAAUCCAAAAUGGCUGAGGCAGCCAACACUAUAAGAUGCAGCACCUGUGCCCAACGCCACCCUCGCAAACUAACCGAACGUCCUCACUACGCGGCGCGCGAAUGUGCCUCCUGUAAGAUACGUCACUCUGCCAAGGACGGGGAUAUCUGGGCCGAGACAAGUAUGAUGGGUCUGCGAUGGAAAUAUUUGGCUCUGAUGGAUGGCAAGGUGUACGACAUAACCGAGUGGGCCAACUGCCAGAAGGGCGCCCUGUCUCAUUUGGAGCCCAAUUCGCAUAUGGUGCAGUAUCGCAUAGUUCGCGGUGCCCAGCAGCAGCCGCCAUCGCAGCAGCCGCAACCACACCACCACCCACAGCAGCAGCAGCAGCAACAGCACCCGCACCCGCACCACGACCGCGGUGCGCACCAUCCAGGCGGUGGAGUCAGCGGCGUUAGCGAGGCCACGCUGCACGAGUUCUUGGACAAUUUGUACAGCGGCCAGCAUCCGGGUGCGCCCAAUGCCUUUGCGGGCAACGCACGACGUCGCGCGCGCCGCAACUGAGUCCCUGUCGCCGCAUAGCCCUAAGUGUUUUUAAAAUCUCUAAUCUACAAUUAUAAUCCGUGCCCAUGCGUGUCCAUCGUCGGCUGCGUGGUUUUUACUCACUUGUACACACCCAUGCGCCAGCAGCAGAAGCAGCAGAGGCACCACCAGAAGCCCAGAAGCAGCUGCAGAGCAAGUACUCAUCUUCCUUUCUCGUCCCGCGCUGGCCUGCAACACAGUGGCCCGCCCAGCCCAUCAACGUUGAACAGCCAUAUUUAGCACUUCUCUGUAUAGUUUACAUAUUGCUUUCAAUUUGAAAGAUUAAGAUGAUCGUGAAAAUGUUGUACUUGUCACGUAGAAUCGUACGAUCGUACAAUUGCCUACCACUUAGAUACUGUCUAUGUUUUAGCCUCUAUUCUAAUUGUACUUCUACUUCUGCCUAUCACUUAUGGACAGCUUAACACACGCCUAGCUCGUAGCCAGCAAGUUUAGCUCUAAGUUCUAAAUACAUUAGACCCCGCCCCGCCCUCGGCCUCGCAUACGUUUCUGCAGCGUACAGCGGGGAGGAGGCACACAUGUAAAAUCUAACGCAUCCAAAUUAAACAUAAAUGUUAAUAAAACUGUAUUGAACGCCUAAACCCUUAAA